AUGGCAGGCCGAUACACGGCAGAGUUCCUGCUCCAUCUGCGCCAGUCUCCACUAUGUGUCAAACCUCCAAACCUGCCGCCUCCCGAUGAGUGGAUGGGGCCACCCCCAGAAACUUUUCGCACUCAGACCAAGACGGUGCCCAAUGAUCGCCUCAAAGGCGGCGACGGCUUGCUUCCGAGCCAGGAGAACAGACGCCCGAUGUUGGACCGCGCUGGAGCCUCCUCGCGAAACCCAACAACCAUCGACGACAUUGUCCUCGGGCCCCCUCGCAAUAGUUUUGCUUCGGCAACCCCUAUGCGCAAUAGCCGCGGAGCCGCUGAAGCAGAGAAAGGACUCAAAGAACCUCAAGAUCGACCUAGUCGCUUCGGCUUCGGCGCCCGGCCCAGCGAGCCGGAACCUGCCAGCGACCGGUUCAGAGAUGGCCGCAACAGCGCGUUCCGCCGACGCGGCGACCAGGACCAGGAUAGCGAGGGUUGGAGCACCGUCAAGCCGCGCAAGAGCUUCGGUCACGAAGGAGCCGAGCGCUUCCACGGACGCAUGGGCGGCGCCCCACCGGAGCGCUUCCCCCCCAGAGACGAGCGGCGAGUACGGGAGAGAGACGAUCGGGAUGGAGACGAUCGUCGCACCCGUAAUCCAGAUCGCAACUUGAGAGACAAGGAUCAAGAGGAACUGGACGGGCCGCGGAGAAACGGCCUGACGCGAGGCAAGUCUGAGCCGUGGUUCAAAGAUAGCACUGGCGCCGGCGAUAGCGCAGCUCCAAAUAACGCACCCGUCUCGCAGCGGGAGCGCAUCGAAAAGGCCAAGAGCUGGCGGGACCGCGAUCCCGACGACAAGCCCAACGACAGGCACACCAAUGACAGGACCUAUGAGCGGCGGUGGGAACGAGAGCAGCGUGUAGAGCGUGAGCCCGAGUGGCUCGACGAGCCCGCGGACGAGAACCCCAAGGGCCAUACUGAAGAGGACUUCAAGAAGUUCAUGGAGAGCAUGAAGGCAAGCCGAGGAGGACCCUCGAAAUCAGAUGAGCGGCGGUCUGUUGUUCCCGAGAAGCCAGCUCCCGAAGCUUCAUUGGAGCUUGAUCAAAAGGUGGUCUCGGCACCAGCCAUUGAGUCUGGACCGGACAAGUUCUUCGCCGCCUAUGGCAGCGCUAGCCUCGAUGUCAGCACCCCUGCUUCUGAGAUCAAGGAGCCGGUGAGAGCCAAAGGCGGAAAGUCUUCGAGGUUCAUGGCCUUCCUUGCUCCUCAGGAAGAAAGCCGAGCGAAGACCGAACCCCCGACGCCCGCAGCUGUGCCUCCGCCUGCCGGUUCGGCAGCCGAUGCGCCUCCUCAGAGCGAAGCUGAGAAGGAGGCAUUUGCUCUCUUGAUCCAGAAACUUCAGAGGUCAGGGCUUGGACCGGUGCUGCAGGGGAGCGGGCCACCUCCUCAGCUUUUCAACAAGUUCCCCGAGCCAAGCCCCGUGGCAGAUGUUUAUCAAAAGAGCGCCGUUGCCUCGCCAGAACCUUUGCAGCAGUAUAGCGGUGAACGCCGUGACGACCCCCGGCUACGUGCACAACAGCAGCAACUGCAGCAGCAGCAGCAGCAGCACCCCCUGCAUGAUAUCAUUUCCCCUCGCCCAAUGGCGCCCCCCAUACAGCCACCUCCGGCUUCGCGGCCAGAGCAAGCCUUGCAGGAUCUGCUCGCGCAACGACACCACAUUUCCAACCAGGGUAGCAACCGCAUGGCGCAAAACUCGGCAACUGUUAACAGCAACACUGAGUUCCUCAUGCGUCUCAUGCAGAGCCAUCGGGAAGCCCCUGAGCCUCCUCGGACUGAGCAGCUCAUGGUGCGCAUGCCACAGCCAACUAAGCAGGUGCCGCUGGCAAAUAUCUCGGAUCGCGAGCAAGAGUACACACGGGAGAGGAACAUGGCACAGCGCCAACAGCAGCAACAGCAGCACCCGCAGCAUCAGCAACACCCGCAACAUCAGCAGCACCAACAACAGCAUCCACAGCUACGGGGACAGAUGCCUUCUAAUUUUCUUGAUGACCAGUUCCAUCCCGCGGACGUCGUUGACCCUCGUCCUCAGCAGCAGCAGCAACCUACGCAGAUUCUUCAGAGACCGCCACCUCCUGGUCUUGACCAGCAUAUGCAUGCGUUCCAGAUUGCCAUGGCCGGCGCCGGAGGCGGUAUGGGCGGUGUUGGACAGCAACAGCAACAGCCGCUGCAGCAGCAGCUUCCUCCUCAACAGCGUCCCAUGAUCCCGCCUCCUGGCCUCGUUGGUGGACCGCCUCGUAACGUGGGAAUCCCGCCUGGCGCCAUGUAUCCACCCAACUUUCCCCCGGGGUCCUUCCCGCCGCCAUUGCACCCUAGCGGUCCACCACCACCUCCAGACGCGCUCGUCGGUAGUAGGUCCAUGCAGCCGCCGCCAGGCUUUUUCGGCGGACCACCGCCUCCGGGUUUUAUGCCGCCCCCUGGCAUGGGCGUCGGCAUCGGAGGUUUCCCGGGUGGACCCGAGGUGCUGUUCAAUGCGCCGCCGCCGUUUGAUCGCCGGGGCAUGCUGCCCCCUGGUGCAUAUCGGGGCGGGCCUUAA